AUGGGGCCCAGCCUCGCCCACCUCCCCUCCACCCCGCUGGGCUGCUGGGUUUCACCUUGGGGUGCCUCUCCCCUCCUGGGCGUCCGCCGGCGUUUGGGGGCGCUGGUUCUGUGGGAUGGGCACUGCGGCGGGGGCUGUCUGGGGACACAGCAAGAGGAGCCCCUUCCUCUUCGAGACGUUUCUUUUGCCUCGCCGGAGAAGACACGAAUAGAGGCCUCUCUCACUAACAUUGGUGACUUAAAGAUAGUAGCUGCAUCCAGGUGUGAAAGCAAAGCCUUUCAAUUUGCUCUUUGUCUUUGUUUUCAGGUAACUGAGCUGAAUGAGCCUCUCUCAAACGAGGAUAGAAACCUGCUGUCUGUAGCCUACAAGAAUGUAGUCGGAGCUAGACGGUCCUCCUGGCGCGUCAUCAGCAGCAUAGAGCAGAAGACCAUGGCAGAUGGGAACGAGAAGAAGCUGGAGAAGGUUAAAGCCUAUAGGGAGAAGAUAGAAAAGGAGCUCGAGACAGUCUGCAAUGAUGUUUUGGCUCUCCUAGAUAAAUACUUGAUCAAAAACUGCAAUGACUUCCAGUAUGAGAGCAAGGUCUUUUACCUGAAAAUGAAGGGGGAUUACUACCGCUAUCUGGCAGAAGUUGCUGCUGGAGAGAAGAAGAACAGUGUGGUGGAAGCCUCAGAAGCUGCCUAUAAAGAGGCUUUUGAAAUCAGCAAAGAGCACAUGCAGCCCACUCACCCCAUUAGGCUUGGGCUGGCACUCAAUUUCUCAGUGUUCUACUAUGAAAUCCAGAAUGCCCCUGAGCAGGCCUGCCUUUUAGCCAAACAAGCCUUUGAUGAUGCCAUAGCAGAGCUGGACACACUAAAUGAGGAUUCCUACAAGGACUCCACUCUCAUCAUGCAGUUACUUCGAGAUAACCUCACUCUGUGGACGAGUGAUCAGCAGGAUGAAGAAGCAGGAGAGGGCAAUAAUUAAUAAGCUUUCCUCUGAUCCCUCUUUCAUCCACUUGGCCAUCCCCAUCAUCACCAAUAUUUCCUUGCCACAGUCACACUAAAUAUCUAGUGCUAAGCAUAUCUGUAUUGUACAGCUGUUCAGAUCUGCUGUCCACUUUAUCAAGAAGCAGUUUCAGAUGAGUCUUCAUGGGCAUUGAUGGAUUGAUUGGUUUAUUGGCCCUAUUUAUCUUAGUUGCACUUGAGCAGUGCAGAAGGAGGCAAAACAUUUGCCUAUUGAUUGAAAAAUAUGGGAAAGAAUAAUGGAAAGUGAUUGAGGAUAACUAGAUUCCAGUUAAAUUCUUUCUGUUUGCAAUGAGCUGACAGUUCUGUUAAGCAGUACAUUUUGUGCAUGCAAAGUAAAUUAGCCACCCCAAAUUUUUUUCAGUCAAUGAAAACAGUUAAGCUGAUGUGAAAUGACAACUCUGUUCAUCAGUUUACAAUAAACUGUUUGAAAUGUGAGGUUUCAGUAGCAAUUUGGUUUUUUUGCCUCUAACUUAUGUGCACAGUUUCUUUAAAUGCAGUGCAUCUACCUAAGAGUUUUGAUACUUGUAACCUUUUGCAGUUGUUUUGAAGAAUCAUGAAUUUAUUUUUUGUAAACUCUUUGGCUGUUUAGUUGUCUGUGUAUUCUGACAACUCUAUGUCAAUAUUUGCCCAUGUUAAGAUGGAUGACUGGGAAGCCAGACUUCUAAAUUAAAUGUUUUGGAAUUAAGUGAAUAAAAUAAAAUGCUGCUUCAGGGAUGUUAUCUCUA